GCUGCUAACACCGCAGUUGCCUAGCCAGCUAGCCGUUUUUCCUUGACAUGCUGCGAAAUAGGCUCACCUUUGGCCCUCGCUCAGAGAGUAGCUCCUUCUACCCCCUUCGCCCCCCCGCCGCGCCAACCGUAAGUUGUGGCACACGUACAUUUUGCAGCACAUAAACGCUUUGUAGCACAUCUGCUUUUUGCAGCAUAUGUGCCUUUUUUGCGAAGCGGUGGGGGCAACGGAUUGGAGGCGCAUGCAGUAGAGGCGGCCUAACCUUGUAGCGAUUGUUGGAAGCGGCCUGACCCUGUAGCACCCCUUGCCAACGCUGUAACAACCCCUGGCUAACCGCUCGAUCGCGGCCGACUCCUCCACCCUUGUGGCUUCCCCACGCACGUGCCCAAAAUGGUCGAAAUCAGGCUGAAGACGAAGCACACGAGCUGCGAAUUCCAGCUGGACUUUAACGAAGUGAAGCUGCCAGAUGAUGUGAACAUCCUAAAAGACUUGGAGCAUGAGCUACAGAAUUCUAUUUACCAUUUGAAACGAUCGAACGAAGAAAUAAAGAAAUUUGAUCCGGAAGGUGCCGACCAGGAGCUCCUCAUGGCACUGAAUGAGAAUAAGUUUUCCUUAUGUAGGAAGGAGGAACGCCUACGUAUCAUUAAAGAAAAAAUAGAAAUUUUAGAUCCCCCUCUUCCUGACUUUGUGGGUAGAACGAAUUCCAUACCCACCUCAAUGUUAUGCACAAGGGAGGGGAGCCAGCGCGUGGGAGUUGCUCAUAUGGUCCUCUGUGGGUUAGACGAUGAGUACUUGAGUGGUUCCGAAGGCAACGAUGUGUUAAUGGUGAAUGGUUCGAAUGGGGAGCUCUCCAGCGAAGAUGCUGCUCCGUUCGACGAGGAAACGGAGGAGAAGGGGAAUUCUACGCCUCCGCCAGGGACACUCGGGGGUGGGGGCAUUUACCUGUGAGCAGUAGCCUUGCGUGUGGGCAAAGCGGCAUCCACCCGUUCAAGCGCCCAUUUUAUUAUCACCUCGUCACGUCGCCACGUCGCCACGUCGUCACCUCAUCAUCAUUUUUUUUUUUUUUCAAUUUUUAAGUCGCGGGGGAGACACGCUG